GUAGGGUUAGUUUUAUUGACAGAAUCAAAUCAACAGACUCAUCAAUAAUAAUAAUUUUCGUGGCAUAAUUCUCAACUCUGGAAAAUCCAGAUCCAAUACUACAAAUGCAAAAGACAAUAUCCUCAAAAGUACAAAAAUUACUAAUUUUUCGAUCGCUAAAAUGAUACAGUCACUACCUUUUUCAUAGGAGAAAAUCCGAUAUUCGAAAUUAUUUCAGUCAGGAUAUGACUGACGGCGAAGCAUUCUGCAUAAUAGAAAAAAAAGGAGGAAGUACUUGAACACAAAUGAUUAUCAUUCAAACCUGCUUUACUACUGAUCUGUUAUCAUUCUCCAAUGGGUUUUUCGAGUAAGUAUGAAUAGCCUGGCCGAGAUAUGGGAUUUUCUUAUCAGAAACUGAGUCAUUCCAUUGAAUUAUAUAUUAUCCUAUGUAAACAAAUAUAACAUACUCUGAUUCAUUCACACAAUUCUCAUUAUUUCUCUUUUGAAGUGUGAUUUAUUUUUAGUCAGUUUGAAAGUGAAUGUCAUGUGACAUUGACCUCUACUCACUUAAAAAACAGAUAUACCUGUGAACUUUUCUUAUGUAAUCAGUGACUUAAAUUACAAUUCCUUAUCAAUUUAUCUUACGAGUAUAAUAAUGAAAGUCUCAUAGUACAGUUUAUGACAUUUUGAUAAGGAGUUUUCAAAGUGAAAGAGCAGAAGUGAACCAUCCAAAAAAUGUCUGAAAAUAAAAGGCUCAUUGGAGCCAUUUCUGCGGGAACACAGUCUGUGAAAUUCAGUGUGUUUAGGAGCCUUGAAAGUAAAGUUAUUGCAGAGCAUGCAGUGAAGAUUUCAUCUUAUUCUCCACAAGAAGGAUGGAUCGAACAGGACCCUAUAGAGAUUAUCAGUGCUGUGAAGGUUUGCAUGGAAAAAGUUGUUGAAAAGUUAGGCGCGCUGUCUAAGAAAAUUGUGGCAAUUGGGGUAACCAAUCAGAGGGAGACAACCAUAGUUUGGGAUAAAACCACAGGGGCUGCUUAUUACAAUGCAAUAGUUUGGAGCGAUAUCCGUACAGAUUCGACUGUAGAUAUAAUAUUGUCCAAAGUACCCGAGGGGAAUCCCCACCAUUUCAAGCAAGUUUGCGGUCUUCCAAUUUCUCCAUAUUUCAGCGCUUUCAAAAUAAAAUGGUUGUUGCAUUACAGCAAAGAUAUAAGACAAGCUGUUCGACAGGAAAAAUGCUUGUUUGGAACUGUCGAUACUUGGAUUAUAUGGAAUUUGACUGGAGGUGUAAAUGAUGGUAUUCAUGUUACGGAUGUUACAAAUGCUUCAAGAACAUUCCUCAUGAAUAUAAAUACGUUAAAUUGGGAUGCUACUCUUUUACAUCUGUUUAGAAUCAAUGAUAACAUGUUGCCGGAGAUAAAAAGUAGUGCCGAAGUAUAUGGGCAUAUUCACGAUGGUUUUCCAUUGAAUGGGGUUCCGAUAUCUGGAAUCGUAGGGAAUCAACAAGCUGCUCUCAUAGGUCAUAAUUGUUUGAAAGAAGGGCAAGCUAAGAAUACCUAUAGGAGUGGAUGUUUUCUAUUGUACAACACGGGGUAUUCCAAAGUGUUUUCCUCCCACGGUUUAGUGACCACUGUGGCUUACAAGUUUGGGAGACAACCUGCGGUUUACGCUUUAGAAGGAAGUGUAGCCGUUGCAGGGGCAGCUAUCAAAUGGCUUAAAAACAACAUGGGGUUCAUACAAGACGUACACGAAACUGAAUCUUUGGCUAAAGAGGUCUUCAACACAGGUGACGUUUACUUUGUACCCGCUUUCAAAGGCUUGUACGCCCCCUACUGGAGAAAAGAAGCGAGAGGUGUAAUUUGUGGCCUCACAGCUUUCUCAACCAAACACCACAUAGUCAGAGCGGCCCUAGAAGCAACCUGUUUCCAAACCAGGGACAUAUUAGAAGCUAUGCACAAAGACUGCGGCAUUCCGUUGAACAAGUUGAUGGCGGAUGGAAAGCUGAGUCAAAAUACCCUUUUGAUGCAACUUCAGGCGGACAUAAGCGGAACCCCGGUUUUUAGAUCUCAAACCGAAGAUAUGGCACCGUUGGGUGCAGCCAUAACUGCGGCUCAAGCAGAAGGGAUUGAUGCGUGGGAUCUGAAUCAGGAAGGUAGAGAGGUCAUACCUCACGAUACUUUCCUACCGACUACCACUGAAGAUGAAAGGGAUGCCAGGUAUUCCAAGUGGAAGAUGGCGGUGCAGAGAUCCCUGGGAUGGGCAGUGACCAAAAGGAAAACCAUGACGGAAGAGAGGUAUAGGUUGUUGGCUAGUAUACCAGGUGGACUUUUUUUGAUUGGUUCAUUUGUGCUUUUGGUUUUGUCAGAAAUGACAUCGAAAUCUCAGGUAUAACAAUUUUGUUCCUUUUAUUGUUAGUUUAGUUAGGAAAAUUUUACAAUUCCAAUUUGAACAAUGCUCCAAUUGAUAUUUUCUUGUGGAAUAAUUUUCAAACAUGUGACAAAAUGAUUUCUUUAUAUGUGUAUGUACUUAUUUAGUAUUUUAAUCUUAUUAUUGUGAAUCGACUUUGUAAUUUUCGAUAUUACUGAUUAUAUUGUCGAAUUAUACACUACAACAGGG